CGUUUGGGAGAAAAAAAUAAGGCGAAGAGGGUGAGUAAGUGCAUUACCUCGCAUAUCCUUCCAUUGCAAUGUGAUCUCAUUCAAUUCAAUCGAAGAAGACGCAGAACAACACAGGAAGAAGAAGAUGGAGGCGUCGUCCAGUGGAGAAGGCUCUGAGCGCGGCGGCGAAGAGAAAGGAAUAUUCCAAUACUUUGGUUGGGUUUAUCACGUUGGCGUCAAUUCCGUCGGCCGCGAGUACUGCCACCUCCGAUUCCUCUUGGUCAGAGGCAAGUGCGUUGCCAUGUACAAGCGUGAUCCUCACCAGAACCCUGACAUUAAACCCAUCCGACAGGGAGUCAUAGGUGCCACACUAGUGGUCGAGGAUCUAGGAUGUCGGAAGGUCAACAAUGGGGAUCUUUAUGUAGUACGAUUCUACAGUCGUCAAGAGGAGGGUAGAAAAGGAGAAAUUGCUUGUGCCACAGCUGAGGAAGCCCAGAGAUGGAUGGAAGCCUUUCUUCAUGCCAGGCAACAGGCAGAGCAUGAUCUAUUAACAGAAAGUAAUGACAGAGAUAAACUAAUGCACGAAAUGGAGAUCGAUCUACAAGGAAAUCGACAUAAACUGAAACGAUAUGCCUCUGGGUUGAAGAAGCUUAAAAAAAUUGGCCAAGGUCCAGAGACACUUUUACGUCUAUCGUCAAAGUUUUUUGGUAAUUCAGAUGGCUUUGAAGGGGAAACUGGAGAUGUAUUUGAUAUACAUCAAUGGAAAUGUGUUCGUACUAUGUCGGGCAUUAGAAUCUUUGAGGAUGUUUCCGAUCAUAAGAGUGGUAAGGGCGCCCUUGUGAAGUCUGUUGGUGUUAUUGAUGCGCCUGCAGAUAGUGUGUUUGAAGUGUUUUUAAACACUGAGCGACAAAAAAGAUAUGAGUGGGAUAUGUUGAUGGGUGACUUAGAGUUGGUAGAGACUUAUGAUGGACAUUAUGAUGUUGUUUAUGGAACAUAUGAUCCUAAGUAUCUAACUCGGUGGCAUUCAAAGCGGGAUUUUAUCUUCUCCAGGCAAUGGUUUCGGGCACAAGAUGGAACAUACACUAUCUUGCAAUUUCCAUCUAUUCAUAAAAAAAAGCCUCCAAGAUCAGGAUAUCGACGUACAAAAAUUAAUCCAUCUACGUGGGAAAUCAGAAAUUUAAACACACCUAUGGGAUCUGACAGACCAAGAUGUUUAGUGUCCCACACUUUAGAAAUAAACUCAGCAUCCUGGUAUCGCUGGAAGAACAGCCAACAGUGCACAAAAUUUGAGAAGAGCGUCCCAUAUGCGUUGUUGUGCCAAGUCGCAGGUCUAAAGGAAUAUAUUGGAGCCAAUCCAGCACUCCUCCACCAAUAUGCCUCUAAUGCUGUUCGUUCGCAUAGCUCCCAUCCCUCUCUCACCAGUUCUGACUUUGCAGAUGAAAUACAAGAUGAGUUUUAUGAUGCAAUCGCUGCCGAGUCAUCGUCAGAUGAUGAUACUGAUGACGAUAAAGGGUCUGAUCAGGAGCACAAAGUCAAAUUAAAGAAUGUUUCUUGGGCCAUGUCAAACUUGGCUGUGAAGCGAGGUGCAGCUCCAAAUGCAAGCAAAGAAUUAGAUCCGGAUGCAAGCUGUAUCACAAUUGAUGUGAGUGGCAUGCACGGCUCAUUGCGCAGAGGUGCGGAUGACAAGGAUACAGACUGUUGGACUUGUCCUGGUGGUGAAGGGUUUAUGAUUAGAGGAAAGAACUAUCUGAAAGAUAAUUCUAAGGUAGUUGGAGGAGAUCCUCUUCUCAAGCUCAUAGCAGUAGAUUGGUUAAAAGUUGACAAAGCUGCAGACAGAAUUGCACUGCAUCAUAGAAAUUUGGUUCAGUCGGAAGCUGGGAAAAGUCUUCCAUUUAUCCUUGUAUUCAAUCUACAGGUUCCAGCUAAACCAAACUACAGCUUGGUUUUAUAUUAUGCAUCUGACAGACCUGUAAAGAAAGAUUCUCUAUUGGCUAAGUUUUUGGAUGGGGAUGACGCGUUUCGUGACACAAGAUUCAAACUGAUUCCAAGCAUAGUUGAGGGAUAUUGGAUGGUCAAGCGAGCUGUCGGAACAAAAGCUUGCCUGCUGGGGAAAGCUGUCACUUGUAAAUACUUUAAACAAGACAAUUUUUUUGAGAUAGAUGUAGAUAUUGGAUCAUCUUCUGUAGCUAGAAGUGUGAUUGGCCUUGUUCUGGGAUAUGUCACAAGCCUGGUCGUUGACCUUGCAAUUUUGAUAGAGGCAAAAGAAGAAUCAGAGCUGCCAGAGUACUUACUUGGAACUGUCCGAUUAAACCGCUUGAAACCUGAAUCUGCUGUGCCGUUGGAGGAUUGAGGUGUUCAACCAAAAGUAUUAAAUGUUCUAAGCAUGUCUCUUUUACAUGGUUCAAAUGUUUAUAGUUACACUCAAGACUCAAAUGAAAAGUGAGUCUGAUGAAUUUUCUGUAUCAGCAUACAUAUUUUGUUUUUUCCUUUUCUUUUCUCCAGGCUGUCUCCCUGUUAUCCAAGCUUCGUCCCCUUCAUAAUUUACU